AUGUCUGGUGCCAGGAACUUCACAGCUGCUUUGCGGCGGGCCCGAGUGCCUCGUCCUCGUCUUGCCAUUCGCCCUACCCAAUCCAUCACACCCUUGACUGCACGCACCUUCAGCGCCGGCGCCACUCGCAACUCUGACUCCCGACAGAUCAAGUUCACCAGCGACGCCUACCCCAACCUCAAGCGCAAUCCCAACUUCGCCGAAAUCUCCGCCGACGAUGUUGCUCACUUCAAGGAGCUGCUGGGCUCCCAGUCAGCCGUGAUUGAUGGCGUGACCGCCGACGCAACCGACGAUAUCGAACCCUUCAACAGCGACUGGAUGCGCAAGUACCGUGGCCACACCCGGCUUGUUCUGAAGCCUCAAAAUGCUCAGGAGGUCAGCAAGGUGCUGAAAUACUGUAACGAGCGCAAAUUGGCUGUUGUGCCCCAGGGUGGAAAUACCGGUCUGGUCGGUGGCUCCGUGCCGGUCUUCGAUGAGAUCGUCAUCAACACUUCGCGCAUGAACCAGAUCCGCUCUUUCGAUCCUGCCUCGGGUGUGCUGGUCGCAGAUGCUGGAGUUAUCCUCGAAGUGGCUGAUCAAUACCUGGCCGACCGCCAGCACCUGUUCCCUCUGGACCUCGGUGCUAAGGGCUCCUGCCACAUCGGUGGAAAUGUCUCUACCAACGCUGGUGGUCUUCGUCUCCUCCGCUACGGUAGUUUGCACGGCAGUGUGCUCGGCCUCGAGGCAGUCCUGCCGGACGGGACUAUUGUCGAUGCCCUGUCGACCCUCCGCAAAAACAACACUGGCUACGAUCUUAAGCAGCUGUUCAUCGGCUCCGAGGGCACCAUUGGCCUUGUAACUGCUGUCUCUAUCCAGUGCCCCCCUCGCCCCAAGGCGGUCAAUGUGGCUUACUUCGGUCUCGAGAGCUUCGAGCAGGUCCAGCAGGCCUACCUUGCGGCCAAGGGCCAGCUCUCGGAGAUUCUGUCUGCGUUCGAGCUGAUGGACGGUCGCAGCCAGAAAUUGGUUAUUGAAUCUACCGGUAACAAGCACCCUCUCGAGGGUGAGUACCCCUUCUACUGUCUGGUCGAGACUAGUGGUUCCAACGCCGAGCACGACAUGGCCAAGUUGGAGUCUUUCUUGGAGAGCGUGAUGGGUGAUGGCAUUGUUGCCGACGGUGUCCUGGCCCAGGAUGAGACCCAAUUCCAGGCUUUGUGGCGCUGGCGGGAGGGUAUCACUGAGUCGCUCAGCCACCUGGGUGGCACCUACAAGUACGAUGUGUCUAUCCCGUUAGCGGAUCUAUACAAGCUUGUGGAGGACUGCAGGGCUCGCCUGACAGAAAAGGGACUUGUUGGUGAUGAUGAUUCCUUCCCCGUUCGUGCUGUUGUCGGUUACGGUCACAUGGGCGACUCCAACUUGCACUUGAACGUUUCCGUGCGACAGUACAGCAAGGAAGUGGAGAAGGCGAUCGAGCCCUGGGUGUAUGAGUGGAUCCAGAAGCGCCAGGGCAGUAUUAGUGCUGAGCAUGGACUUGGCGUGGCCAAGCGGGAGUUCAUUGGCUACAGCCAGAAUGAGACGAUGGUGAAGCUCAUGAAGCAGCUCAAGAACCUCUAUGAUCCGAAUGGGAUCAUGAACCCGUACAAGUACAUCUAG